AUGGCGUGCUACAGUAAAGAGAAAAACGAGAAAUUUGCUCUGAAAGUGCUUCGAGAUGGACCGAAAGCUCGUCGUGAAAUCGGACUUCACUAUCUAACGAAUGUUCAUGAGAAUGUGGUGACAAUCCUGGAUAUCUACGAGAACACUUUCGACAACGUGAAGUGUUUGCUGAUGGUCGUCGAAUUCCUUGAAGGUGGUGACCUUCUUAGUCAGUUUGAGAAACAAGGCAGCACACCGUAUUCGGAGAAAAAAGUUGGUGAGAUUAUUCGACAAAUUGGAUCUGCUGUACAGUACCUACACGACAUGAACAUUGCUCAUCGAGAUAUCAAACUCGAAAACAUUCUUUGCAGCAGUACGGGUGAUGACUGCGUGUACAAACUUGGAGACUACGGGUUUGCUAAACGUCCUGAACGCAAUAUGCUCAUGGAGUCACCUUGUUGUACACCAUUUUAUGCGCCUCCUGAGGUACUGAGUCGCGAACGCUACGACAAAUCUUGCGACAUGUGGUCGCUCGGCGUCGCCAUGUACAUACUACUGUGCGGCUAUCCGCCGUUCUACAGCAUGAAAGGUCUUGCCUUAUCGCCGGGCAUGCGAAAUCGGAUAGCGAAGGGAUACUACGCCUUUCCACCGGAGGAAUGGGACCACGUGUCUCAAUCCACCAAAGAUGACAUUCGCUGUUUGCUUCGGACUGACCCAUCGGAGAGAAUGACUAUACAUAGUCUAAUGAAUACUUCACUAGUCACUGGGCAGAACCAACCUGAAGGAGUGCCGAUUCCAGGCACUCACGAAGCAGAAGAUGACAAAGUUUCUCAGGAUCCAUUCAUGAUCCCACGAAGCGUACGAUUCCUUCGUGAAGGUGUGCAAGCCCCACGACUGCACAGUAUCCAGGAAGAGGUCAGUCGUGCACUGGAAACGAUGCGCCUCGGAGGUGAAUCGACUCCGUUGAGAAAUUUUCAUAAUUCAUGUAAUAGUUUUAUUGGACAGCGUACUGCUCACCUGAGUGUGCCGAAAAUUCAGUGUUGA